GUUCAACAUUAAGUAUUUAAAAAGGUAUUAAAUUUCAACCUUUAAAUUGUAUAAAUAUCACGUGAGAUAUUUCGGGUUUUUUGAAAUAAUGAAACAGUCGAAGACGGAAUUAAAACAUAUAUCGGGAAAACAGUUAUUGGUGAUUAAUCAGUUUGAUAGAAUUGUAAAAAUUAUGCGAAGCUAAGCCUUCGAGGAUGAGGAUGAGGAUUAAUAUUAUCUUGAUAACAUUUAUCUUGAAAGUUUUCAUAUUGAUUCAAGCAUUACCACGUAAUCAAAUCGAAGAAGACAUGCAAUCAUUGUUCAAUAGAAGUGAUUUAAGAUGUCCAAUGAAAUGUAACAAGGGGCCGACAUUAUUUAAGAUGUCCUGCUGUAUUUGUCAUUCAAAAUCAGAUGUUAAAAAUCUGGGACCUUUAGCAAUAGUAGACAAAAGAAACCAUUAUGGUUCGGAAAUAGUGAAUUAUGGAGAUAAGCAUGAAUUUUAUGCGUUGAGUCAUCGACAUGGCCAUCUUGAAUUUAUGCCUGGGAAUAUCUGUAAUUUUAAAGGAUUGUUCAUGAUAGAUUUGUCUUUCAACAAGAUAAAGACUUUAGACAUAAUUUCAUGCUUGACAAACUUAGACACUCUGAUGCUUCGUGGCAACAAUAUUCAGUAUAUGAAUAAUAACACGUUCAUGAAUAUGAGGUUCCUUCGUAUAGUUGAUUUAUCAAUGAAUAUAAUAAGUUUAAUGGAUCCAGGUUUUCUCUUUAACAUGAAUGGAAGUUUAUUUUACCUUAACUUAUCUUUUAAUAAGAUGCAUACUCUGGAUAUCACAAAUGCAAUUGCAACAAAACAGGAGUAUUUUUGUCUGGUAGAUUAUUCCCAUAAUUCAAUAAAAUCACUAACAAAUGAAGAGACAUGGAAACUUAAAUCGAAUUCCACAGUCGGGCACGGAGGUAUGGUGAAUCUGUCUAAUAAUUCACUUACAUCGUUUUUUGAUGUGAAUACGCUGCGUUUUCUUGGAUUUGAACACCCUCUGCUAAUUGGAAGACUUAUGUUCUAUGGGUUUGACCUUAGAGAUAAUAAAUGGAACUGUGACUGCAAAGUGUUUCAAUUUGCCAAAGCAGCAGAACGACUUGUACAGGUAAUGACAAGGGAUUACUUUGACGUUAAAUGUUAUUCACCAAUCAGCUUAAAGGAUAGACUAAUUGUUACAAUUAUAAAAGAGCGUCAAUAUGAUAAUUUAAUUUGCAAUUUAUCGUUUGCAGACAAAUGUCCGCGAAAAUGUCGCUGUAUGUAUCAACCAGCUGUCAGAAAUAGAACUCUCAUUGACUGUUCAAAUUUGCACCUCAUGACUCUUCCACACAUGCUUCCUGAUUAUAAUGUGUUAGAAGUAGAUUUAUCAAAUAACAGUCUAUAUGAUCUUUCAAAUCAGUUUGAUCAUAUUCAUAAUCAUAGACGAACUAUUAAAAACUACUUCGAGCGUAUUCGUUUUUUAAAUGUUUCAAACAACCAUAUCCAAAUAUUACCACGCUCAAAUUUGUUUCAUUUAAGGGACGCAGAAAUCGAUUUUAGAGGAAAUAUAAUUCAUUCUUUACAUAGGUCUAUUGCGGACUUAAACCCAUGCAACAUUUAUCUAGACACCAUAGAGAUGAAAUGUGAAUGUGAAGAUAUUUGGUUGCAGCAAUGGCUUCCGAAGAAUGAUUCUAAAUGUAUCAAAAAUGUACAAGUGUUGUGCCAGAUUGAGAAACAAAUAAUUGCCAUACAGUUUAUGACAAAGAAAAACCUUGGGUGUAGAAUACCGGAUACUAAUGUUAUAUGGAUCAGUGCAGUUAUCGUUGCAGCGUUCAUUACUGUCGUUUUACUGUCAGCAAUCAUAUUUUCCUUUAGAUUUGAGAUAUUUAUAAUUGGCAGGAAAUUCCUUAAACAUUUUAGGGGGACUUCUUAUCCUUUGACAUUGUAUUAUGACGUAUACAUUGCCUGCAAUGAAGAAGAUGAAAAGAUUCGUUUGUGGCUGACUACGCAUUUACUGCCUACUCUAGAGGAGAGCAAUAUGCUUAGGGUGUUUUGGCCUUGCAGAGAUAGUGAAAUAGGAGUUCCCCGUGAAGAGGAAAUGAUCAACGUGAUGUCCCAUACUAAAACGUUUAUCAUCAUUUUGAGUGAAGAGUAUAAAGCACCUGUUCGUUGGAAUGAGAAAGAAUGGAAACAUGCCUGGCACAAUUAUACACAUGAUCUGAACAAGGAAAUCGUUAUUAUUAAUUACGACCUACUGGAGGCAAAUGAAAUCGCAAAGCGAUAUCUUGGAGCUUUUCUCCGAAUUGGACAGUUUAUUGACUUUUCUAAUCACAAGAAGUCGAUAGAGAAUGAAAUAGCUUCCUUAAUAACAAAACAAGAUAACAAUUUAAAGAAAUACGAAAGAAAACACUUUUCUCAUUCUCAAAUAGAUAAUGAAAAAAACCCAUUUCUGAAACAAUAUCCUUUAUAUUCAGAGUUUCGAUGUAAGAAAUAACAGAUAUGUAUGAUAUAUUGUAUCAGUUUUUGUAUCAAUUGCGAUAUAUAAAUACACGUAUUUUUUAUUUUUUUAUUUUUCCAGUCUAAUUCAG